AUCUUAAAAAAAAUUUCAGACCGAACACCAAACAAGAAAAACACAUUUGUCUGAUUGAGAGAGAGCUCUUCCCCCCUUCAAGAAAUCGAAAGAGUGCUUCUUUCCCUCAUAUUUCCUGCGAUUCUGAAUAUUAAUUUCUUUCUAUAGGUCAACGUUUUUUAAUUCGGUAUCGAGGCUAAGAAGAAGUGUGAGAGAAGAGAUGGCUGAUCAUCUGAGUUCAUGUACCGACCGUCUCGUAACACCUGAAACGUUAAAUUCAGAGAGAGGAUCCUCCAAUGGAACAAUUGAAUCUUCUGGAGAGAGUUCUAGAACUCAAGGCAGCACAAGCCUGUCUACUAGUACGAAAUCUAUGGAUCUUAAGACCAAGGAAGAAGAAGAAGCAACGGAACAGCACGAUGUGGACGAGGAAGAGGAACCACUUAUCCAAUCUGUUGAAUGUCGUAUUUGCCAAGAGGAAGAUUCCGUUAAGAACCUUGAGUCACCUUGUUCUUGUAGUGGCAGUUUGAAGUAUGCACAUCGGAAGUGUGUUCAACGUUGGUGUAAUGAGAAAGGUGACAUAACCUGUGAAAUAUGUCAUAAGUCUUAUCAACCUGGAUACACUGCUCCACCGCCUUCUCCUGCUGAUGAUACCGUUAUUGAUAUCGGUGAAGAUUGGGCUAAUGGUGUUCCAUUAGAUUUGAACGACCCGCGCAUUUUCGCAAUGGCAGCUGCAGAACGCCAUUUCUUUGACGCGGACUAUGAUGAAUACGCUGAUUCUAACUCAAGCGGAGCUGCGUUUUGUCGCUCUGCUGCUCUUAUAUUGAUGGCGCUUUUACUGUUACGUCAUGCUCUGAACCUAUCAAACAACAACUCAGACGAUGAAGAAGAUGAUCCCUCAGCUUUCUUCUUUCUUUUCAUGCUUCGUGCCGCCGGUUUUCUCCUUCCGUGUUACAUCAUGGCUUGGGCUAUCAGUAUAUUACAACGUCGCAGACAAAGACAGGAAGCGGCUGCUCUGGCUGCUGCAGAAGUAGCGUUUAUGUUACAUAGCGGUGGGGGCAGUGGAGGACAACGAAGAGGAGGAUUACACUUUGCUGUAGCACCUGAGCUUAUAUCUAAUCCACACCACCAACCUGAAGCUUCGCCUCAAUGAGUAUAUAUUCCCAAAUCACCGGUAUGUGAUUUGUGUGUCUUUGCCUAUCUGUGUAGUAGCUCUUGUGUGUUUGUUGUGUAACUUACCGGUUUUUCUCCAAUCAAACACACACAACUGAGAUUUUUAAAAAAGGACCAGAGAAGUUUCUCUUUGUCUAUCUUUUUACAGACGAGAAAAAAAAUAAAAAUUGUUCACAUAUUUAUAUUUA